AUGGGGAGCCAGGCCGAAGAGGUGGACUGGGACAGGCUGGACAAGAACAAGUUCUUCCUUUAUGGAGCGGGCAUGUUUUCUGGGGUAACCCUGACUUUGUACCCGUUAUCAGUGAUCAAAACAAAGCAAAUGACCUUGCCGGGUAUCAGCGGUGGCUUCCAGGGUGUCAAGCAGACCGCUUCCACAAUCAUGCGGAUUGAAGGUAUUCCAGGUUUCUACCGUGGCUUCGGCACUGUUAUGUUUGGGACAAUUCCAGCCCGUUCGGUGUACCUGACCACCCUGGAGUGGACCAAAAGCGAGGUGGCCAAGGUGGUGGGGGAUUUGGGGCUCACAGGACCGGUGGCUGCGGGUGUGGCCAACUUUGCCGGCGGUGCCGUGGCGUCCCUUGCCACCCAAUCCGUAACGGUGCCCAUAGACGUCAUCUCACAAAAGCAAAUGAUGGUGCGGUUAAUUCUCAAGGAGGAAGGUAUUGGGGGAUUAUACCGGGGUUUCGGAGCCUCGGUCGCCACCUUUGUACCUUCCAGCGCAGUCUGGUGGGGUGCGUACGGCACGUACCAAAAGCUCAUCUGGGCCUUGCGGUAUCACAGUCCCGGGGAAGCUGGUGGCGGCGUUGCUGCGGCUGCAGCUGUAGCUGUACCCGGGGAUGGGGCUGCUGCUACUGCUGUUCCCGGCGGGCAGCCGCCAGUGGGGCAUUCGACCGGUGAGGUAGUGGCAGUGCAGACGUUGUCCUCUGUGUUGGCUGGCUUCACAAGCGGACUGCUGACGACACCGGUGGAUCUAGUCAAGCCAGCGCUACACCCAGCCAUGUGCCCCCAGUUGUACGGAGCCCUUGCGACUCGCAUCCAAGUGUCGUACAAGCACGACGGCGCGACACCCACCUUUGGCGAGGUGGCCAGGCAGAUCAUGCGAGAGGAUGGUGUGGGCGGCUUCCUGCGCGGCGCGGUGCCGCGGAUGCUCAAUGCUUCGUUGUGGGGCACCUGCAUGGUCACCGUUUACGAGUACUUGAAGCGCACGUGUGCCAAGGCGGAUGAAACUUAG